ACCGAGGAGCACUUCUCUUUACCGUAACGUGGGUCCACCUAUAGCACCGCAUACUGUCUUGAUUGCAGAAGGUUUAGUUUGGAGUAUAGAGCUGUGAGGAUUUGGGUACUUGUACAUCCUGCCACCUUCUCCAUACGAAGUCCUCUUCUUGAACCACCCACGUCCAUCAAGUGCAGUUGUUCUAGCACUCUAGAACUCCAUAUAAACUGCCUGGCUAAACAUGGCGGCCUCAUCACCAAACCAGAACGGUACAAAGGAGCCAGCAGCCCCCGCUUCAUCAAAUACCCAGAAUACACACUCAUACUCAAUGGAUAGAAUACGACUAGAGUCAAUAGAAAAGAGGAAACAAGAAUGCUCACAGAUAAUAAAAGAUCGAAAGCGUAAGCUGUCUGAGCUUUACUGUGUAGCCAGACUUCCGUUUGUUCCCAUCUCAGGAGAUCAUGUUCAACAUAUAGAAGAUAAGCUCAUGGCUUUCCUUGAAAAGAACGAUCUUGAGAAUGGCCAUAUUUUUGACAUAUCGUUUCUCUCCAAGGAGAAAAUUUUCAGAAAAUCCCUGUCACCCCAGCAACAGCAACAUCAGCAAGACCAAAUCCAGCGAAAAUCCCCUGCUUCCUCAAGAUCAAACAGUCAGUCUUUAGAGCCUCCGAAGAAAAUCCAAAAAGUUGAAAGCUCGUCCAGAAUUAUCGAUAACGAUAGCUCCAGCUCCAAUCAUUCAACGCCUAUAAUAGAUGCCGAUGCUCAUCAUCAGCAUGUAACUGCAGUAGUGAGCUCGUCUUUAACAAAUGAAAGAGGCUCCAAAUCUAAAUCUCCAUCACCACUCUCGAUUCAACCAGCGCAGAAACUACCGUCACCUCGCACCGUUGCCAAUAACAUAGUAAUCAAAGAUGAUACUCCAACACCUCAAGCUAAAUCUGAUGAUAAGGCUGAUAUCAUCAAUGAGGCCAUGCUUAAGAAAGGUGAUUUAGCUGUUGAUAAUAAUAAAAAUAACGCGAUUUCCAACACUUUCAGCCAUGAUAGCGAUGAAGACAAGAAACCAUCAUCUGUCGACCCAUCAGAGUCUGCACAACAGACUGAUUUCGAAGUGACCAGUUCUAAAAUUACCCAAGGCAAGAAAUCGAGUGGAGGUCCUGUAGAACACGAUUCCGUUUCCAAUACUGUAGAAUCUGAACACAACAAAAUAAGUGAGACAAUGAGUGAGAACUUUAACGCUACUGUAAGUCCAGGUAAAGAAAAUGAAAUAAUUCCGGAAAAGGAAAAGCUACAGAAAGGCCAAGAUCUUAACCAAAAUCAACAACAGAAGAUGCGAAAACAGCAAGAGCUCUCCGAAUCCAAUGAUGCGCAAGAAAAGGUAAUAAAUCAAGCAACAACUGCUGGACAGCCUGCUACAGAAAACACUUCUUUUGGCGAAUCCCAAGAUUUUACUGAAUGUACAAUCAAAGAACAGGUAAUUGUCCAAGGUGAGCAAAAUGAACAACAGGAGGAGACACCAGUGGAAGCGGUUGUAGAUACCGAAAAUAUUCAACACAAGAUUUUAACUAAUCCAAAUGAGAUCACCCUUUCAUCACUGAUUGCUCAAUAUUCUGUUGAAUGCCCGCCUAAGCGUGCUGAUGAACACUCCAAUCGUGAUCUUCAGUACAGAGAAGUUGAUAUCAAAAAGUUAAUGAUUGCUUUAAUGCCCGAAAGAAAACCACAUAAAGUCGCUGAGGCACGCUCACUAACGGAACUUUAUUACCACCAGCAGACCCUUCAGUUGCAAAAGCUAUUAUUGAGGGCUCACAAGACCUUGACAACAGAUGCUUUUGAAACAUCCCUAGUUGAAGGAAAAGUUGCAGUGCUACAUUCUCGUAUUGAAGAAUUGAAAAGAAAAAACAGCUGGUCUUUGAGACAACCAAGGAAAAUAAUUGAUCCCUUUUUGAAGUUUGGUAAGAAAACUCAUUGGGAUAACGCCGUCUCAGAAGCAAAAUGGCUAGCAACAGAUUUUAGGGAGGAGAGAAGGUUCAAACUGGCUCAAUGUAUCUAUUUAGCUCAAGCUGUUCAAGAUUAUUGGACCUAUGGUAAAGUGUGUUGUGUUAAAAGAGCAGAAAUUAUAUUUUUAAACGAAGAUGAAUCGUUAGCCGUGAAUAAUGAGAGCGGAGCAGAUGGAAGUGACGAAGAAAAUGCCUUGAAAGAGAGAGUAGAGGAUAUAACAAAUGAAGAUGACGUCAAGAAAAGCGGAGCGAAAACCAAGAAUGGACAAGAGCAGGUAGAAGAUGAAAAUUCAUCCAGCAAAAAAGAUGAGGAGGGAAGUAUGGAAAUUGAGUCAGAAAAUAAUGCCGACGAAAAUUCGGAUAUGAUUACACAAGCAGCCGAAGAUGAAAGUAGGAGUGACAAUAUUGAUAAUUUAACUAACGGACAUACUGAUACUGAUCAGAUGGAUGUUGAUGAUGUUGAAGAAGUGUUUCCUAACAAGAAAUUACCAGAGUUCACGUAUUCAGAGUAUGAGCAACAUGUUGCCGAUCGGUAUACUCCCUUCAAGGUUUAUGCCAACUAUAAUCAGUUUUCUAUAACCGAAAAGGCAGUUAUCAACAAUCUAUCAUUCUAUGCCCCGUUUAGCGAAAAGGAAGCAGAUCAUCUGAUUGAAAAAGAAUUGUACGGCCAUGUGUCUGAAAUGUUACCUCCUGUAGAUGAGGAAGCUGAAUAUGAGAAGAUAUUGUUUCGGAAAAUUGAAGACAAUGAAAAGAGAUCAUUCAGAUGCCAAAAUGGUCUUUUCGGCCCAUACAGGCGAAUAAAUAUUCUCAAACCACCAAAGCCACCCCCAAUACAGCAGUUGAACAUCAGAAUUCCUACUAUCUGGUUGCCCCAGGACGAUAAAUAUUUGAUCAAAUAUGUUUCUGAAUUUUCUUUCAACUGGGAUGUGAUUUCUGCACAUUUAUCUGCAAAGCCUACUAGAAGCUAUACAUCCAACAUUGAGAGAAGGACCCCAUGGCAAUGUUUUGAAAGAUAUAUCCAGUUAAAUGAUAAAUUCCAGUUCACUGAUAUGAGGGGAAUGAAUGCCCUAGCUGCCAAAGAAUGGUUGGAGUCUGCUCACCAAGUUCAAGCCACCACAAAGAGGAGGAUAUCUCCACUAGGUGUGGGUAUAGACUCCAUUCAAAGAGGAAACAGAAGACUCAGAUGGGCUUCGUUGUUCGAUGCAAUGCGGAAGUUGAUGAAGAAACGGGAAUCCCAACAAAAGCCAACUCCACAGCCUCGUAAAGUUAAUCCUGAUAUAAAGAAGAAUGAUACUCCAACCCCAGAGGAGCUUUCAAAGUUGAAGAACGACAGAGAUAGAGCGUUGCAAGAAAACUAUGCACAGCAAAGUCGGAAUGCUGCUUACCAGAGAAUUAGAGGCCAGACGACGAACAGACAACUACCACCUGAUGCCAAGAGACUGGAUUCCAAAAUGAACGGUACUUCUGCAGCUGUACAACAAGCCUCGAUGCAGCAUAGAAUGACUACUCAAAAUAUGGGCCUUCCAGCAAAUAUUCAACGGCCUACAACUCCUAAUGGUACCCAAUUUACCCCUGAGCAAGUGCAGAAAUUUUUGCAAAUUCAAAGACAGCGACAGUUGGCUCAACGUCAAAAGUCCAUGCAACAACAACAACAGCAACAACAACAACAACAACAACAACAGCAGCAGCAGCAACAACAACAACAAUCUCACCAAUUACAGCCACAAACAUCGUCCCAGAGCGCUUCUUACCAAUCUCCGGUAUCAUCAUCUUCUAACGCCUCUAUAUCACAGAUGGCACAGUCUCAAAGAGUUGCGAAGGUUAAUUCUUUUCCUCAAUCUUUGGCGUCAUCACCACAAAACCACCUUUCGAAUAUGAGACCGGGAUCACAGCCGUCUCCAGUACCAACUCCAGAGCAAGUCUUGCAAAUUGCCAAAACUGGCUCAAGCGUCUCACCUUCUCCUUCCGCCAAAAUACCAUUAUCACAAAAUGGGAUCAAGAAGCCAGUGAAGCCAAAAUUCGCUUUGUCACAUGCUGAGAUAUCUGCAAUUGUUAACCAGAUUCAAAUGCAAAAUCCGAACUUGGAGAAAAGUCAAGUGACUAAACUGGCAAGUUCUUAUAUUGCUAAACUCCAGCAAGCAAAGCAACUACAAUUUGAAAAGCAACAAUCAAACCUUGCAGCGAAUGCGGCUGCUAAUGGCAAUAUGAAUCCGACAAUGCCACUUCAAAUGAGCCAAGGCUCUGUCUCACCCCAAAUACGAAAUGCAGCUAGCUCAUCUUCAGGAGAAAAGAAAAGUACAAAUUCGUUAACGUUAGAGCAGCUUAAUAUGCUGAUAAAAAACCCCAAACUCAAUGAGCAGCAACGGAAACAUUUGAUACUGAUCCGUCAGAGACAGAUUGAGCAUCAACGGAGAUUACAGAUGCAAGCACAAGCACAAGCACAGACACAGGCACAAGCACAGCCCAAGCCCAAGCACAUGCCCAAGCACAAGCACAAGCACAAGCCCAAGCCCAAGCCCAAGCACAAGCACAAGCACAAGCACAAGCACAAGCCCAAGCGCAAGCCCAAGCACAAGCCCAAGCGCAAGCCCAAGCGCAAGCGCAAGCACAAGCACAAGCACAUGCCCAAGCACAAGCACAAGCGCAAGCCCAGGCUCAGGCCCAAGCGCAAGCGCAGGCUCAACCGCUGUCUCAAGGUCAAAGUGGACCAAUCGCUCAAAAAGCAGAUGGUAACGGUAGGAUGA